AUGCCAUUGAUUCGUUACGAUGUGGGGACAUUUUUCCAAAUACCCAGUGUCGCGGCAGUAUUAUACUUUGCUGUGGCAGGAUUGGCCCUCUAUGCCAUUGGCAAGGGGAUCUAUAAUAAAUUCUUCCACCCCCUGGCAAAGUUCCCUGGGCCGUUCCUGGGUGGCUUCACAGAGUGGUACCUGGUUUACGUCAUAUGUUCGGUCCCAACGUUUGGUCUCGAGCUUCACAAGAAAUAUGGUCCAAUCGUAAGGCUGGCGCCAAACAUGCUAUCAUUCAGCGACGCCACAAUGCUGCCUCAGGUAUAUCACUCUGGCGCCGACAAGCCCACGUUUUACGGGUCGUGGAUGUUUGGCCAAACGGCCUCCAUGUUUCAGUCUCUCCCACACCGCGAUCACUACGCCAAAAAGCGGCUUGUCGCGGGAUGUUGUUCCAUGAGCUCCAUGAAAAUGUACCACGAACACAAGAUUACCGAGCGCGUAGAUGAAUUGUGUCAUGUCAUUCGACAGCGUGCUUCGGUCCCUGGGCGCCCAUUGGAUUUCUCCGAAUAUCUCCGUUACUUUCUCAGUGACACCUGGAGUCAUCUCGUCUACGGUAGACCCAAGGGUUUCGUAGCCCAAGGCGGCGAUGUACAGGGCCUCUUGUCGUCGCUGCAGGGCAUCUACGGCAUGUCUGCCAGUGCCGCAGUGUCUCCAUGGUUGAUGCCUUUGCUCCGCAACCCCUUCCUGCGGAAAUACUUUUGGUCCUGGACUCGGACAUUCAAGAACAUGGACAACUUGUUCUCGAACUUUGACCGCAUGAUUGAUCUCCGCAGAACAGAUGAAAAGCUCAAGGGCGAGCGCCUUUUCUUUGACGGUGUCGAUCCUGCCAACAACCCGCCCAAUGAGUACCAGUACACGCGCGAGGAUUUGAAGGCCGAGGUCAUUACCUUUACCGCCGCAACCCUCGACGGCGUCUCGGCCUUUGUCUCGCCGUUUGUCGACAACCUCAUCACGCACCCCGAGGCCUAUGCGCGCGUCGUGGCCGAGAUCCAAGCCGCCGACGCGGCGGGUCUGCUGUCGCACCCCGUCGUCUCGUACGAAGAGACGGUCAACCACUUGCCCUUUUUCAUGGCCUGCAUCAAGGAGACGCUUCGCCGCGACGCGCCCGCGCAGACCAUUCUGCCGCGCAUCGUGAGCGAGCCUGGUUACGAGCUUCCCGACGGCCAAGGCGGCAGCGUCUACGUGCCUGGGGGGACGCAAAUGGGCGCCUCACCGUAUAUUGUGCACCGCGACGAGUCCGUCUUUGGUGCCGACGCCGACGUCUGGCGGCCGGAGCGCUGGAUCCAAGCCGAGUCGGGUCUGGAACCGCGCGAGCACGAGCGCUACGUCCGCCGCAUGGAGAAAUACGGCAUGUGGUGGGGGUACGGUGCCAGGGAAUGUGCUGGCAAGUAUUAUGCUUACAUGGAGAUGCAAAAGCUGGUUGUAGAAAUGCUGAGGAGGUUCGAUGUCGAGUCUGCUGUUCCAGAAAAGAGGUUCACACAUGCCAGGUGGGCAGUGGGCAUGUUUUGGAACCAGAUGCUCACCUUUCGCGAGCGGCAAUGA